GUUGGGAAAGUCUCCGUGGAGAACGGCCAGGAGUUCACGGGCAUCCACCUGCGGUACGAGCUGCAGCUCUCCAACACCAACUGCAGCGCCCUGGGAGUGGUCACCUCGGCCGAGGACGCCUCGGGGACCCUGUUCGUGAAUGACACGGAGGCCCUGCGGCGGCCCGAGUGCACCCAGCUCCAGUACACGGUGGUGGCCACCGACCAGCCAACCGGCAGCCAGGCCCAGGGCCCGCUGCUCAUCACCGUGGAGGGGACGUGCGGCCCCCUGUCCUGCGCCAUCAGCAAGAGGCGGUCCGAGUGUGAGGAGUGCGGUGGCCUGGGCUCUCUGACAGGCAGGUGCGAGUGGAGACAGGGACACGGCAAAGGGAUCUCCAGAAACUUCUCCACCUGCUCCCCCAGCAUCAAGACCUGCCCCGACAGCCACUGUGAUGCCGUGGAGAGCAGCAAUCCCCACAUCUGCCCCCAGGACUGCCUCCGGGGCAGCAUCAUUGGGGGGCAUGAGCCAGGGGAGCGCUGGGGGAUUAAAGCCGGCUUUGGGACCUGCAGCUGCUUCCCUGAGGAGAAGAAGUGCUUCUGUGAGCCGGAGGACAGCCAGGACCCGCUGUGCGAGAAGCUGUGCUGCACGGUGAUCGCGGUGUCCGUGUUCUUCUUCAUCAUCUCCGUGCUGCUGUCCACCUUCUGCAUCCACCGCUACCACAAGAACGCCCACAAGGCGCCCAUCGCCUCGGGCGAGAUGACUGUCCAGCAGCCGGCCCAGGACUUCCCCAUCAGCUACUCCUCCUCCAGUGCCCGGCGGCCCUCGCUGGACUCCAUGGAGAACCAGGUCUCUGUGGACGCCUUCAAGAUCCCGGAGGACCCAAAGUGGGAGUUCCCCCGGAAGAACUUGGUUCUUGGAAAAACUCUGGGAGAAGGCGAAUUUGGAAAAGUGGUCGAGGCAACAGCCUUCCGGCUGAAAGGCAAAGCUGGGUACACGACUGUGGCCGUGAAGAUGCUGAAAGGCGAAUUUGGAAAAGUGGUCGAGGCAACAGCCUUCCGGCUGAAAGGCAAAGCUGGGUACACGACUGUGGCCGUGAAGAUGCUGAAAGCCUCCCUCCAGCAGACCAGACGGGCUCAGCUCACAGGCCCUGGAGUCACAGAAUUCCAGAAGUGGAUGCUCGUCCAUCGGGACUUAGCAGCCAGAAACGUCCUUGUAGCCGAGGGGCGGAAGAUGAAGAUUUCGGACUUUGGUCUGUCCCGGGAUGUGUAUGAAGAGGAUUCCUAUGUGAAGAGGAGCAAGAAAGGCACGAAGCAUGUCACAGGUGGAGGUUCCCUGGGACUGGAGCCUGGGUGGUCCUUUGGUGUCCUGCUGUGGGAGAUUGUGACCCUGGGGGGCAACCCCUACCCUGGAAUUCCUCCUGAGCGGCUCUUCAACCUUCUGAAGACGGGCUACCGGAUGGAGAGGCCUGACAACUGCAGCGAGGAGAUAGCUGGCAAUCUGGUGAGGGGCUCAGGUCUCCUGGAGAAGCCCGUUGACUGGCAUCGGAUGGGACAAGGCCAGGGCUUCUGCCCAGGGGCACGUCCCUCGUGGCACAUGUGGGGGGAGUGGCGACCAGCCAUCUCUCUGUUCCAGGACUACUUGGAUCUGGCCGCGCCCACCCCGUCCGACUCCCUGCUUUACGAUGACGGCCUCUCGGAAGAGGAGAUGCCCCUGGCGGACUGUAAUAAUGCUCCCCUCCCUCGAACCCUCCCCUCCACGUGGAUUGAAAACAAACUCUAUGGCAUGUCAGACCCGAACUGGCCUGAGGAGAGUCCUGUACCACUCACGAGAGCCGAUGGCACUAGCACUGGGUGUCCACGCUAUGCCAAUGAUAGUGUAUAUGCUAACUGGAUGGUUUCACCCUCAGCGGCACAAUUAACGGACUCGUUUGAUAGUUAACAUUUCUUUGUGAAAGGUAAUGGACUCACAAGGAGAGGACACUUGCCGAGAUGGUCCACCGGCCCCUCACUGUGCCCUUCCCACUGGCUGGCGGCUUUUCCCUCCCAGCAGACGUCGUGCACUGGAUGGGAGUCCCUGUCCCGUGUGUAGGUCCCUCCUCCUCUGCAGCCCUCGGCAGCGCUGGUGCUGGUCUGUGUUCAUCAGGGAUCACCGUGCUCUGUGCUCACACGUUCGGGUCCCUCACUCACUACCUGAUCUGUUUGAUUCUCCUGGUUGCCACCCAACAAGGCAACGAGAUGUAAACAUGAAGCACACGCUCCCCUCCCCCAUUGCCCC